GGAUUUGGAAUUUAAAAUUUGAUUAGUAAUAUAAUAGUUAUUAAAAAUGGAACAAUUGGGGAAGAGUAUACAACCAGCAGAAACAGAUGGGUAUAAAGUACAAGAAGGGACUAUGAAUAAAGAAUCUAGUCCAUCUAAUUCUCCUAUUCAUAUUUUAUCUGUCGGAAGUAAUGCUAUUUCUGCAUUUUUCUCCUGGAGACUUCAAUCUAGCAAUGCUUGCAAAGUUACACUUGUUUGGCGUAAUCAUUUCGAUGCAGUAUCUUCUUACGGUAUUUCUUUUAGAUCCAAUAUAUAUGAUUCAGAACGAUUCAAACCUCAUCGAGUUGUUCAAACAAUUGAGGAAGCUAAAACUCCUCACUGUCCAUUCGACUAUGUUUUUGUAUGUAUUAAAGCUCUUCCGGAUAUAUAUGAUAUAGCGACCAUCAUCGAGUCAGUUGUUACAUCCUCACAUACCUGCAUUAUCAUUAAUACCACUAAUACGAUUGGCAUUGAACAUCAACUUAUAGAACGGUUCCCAAAAAAUCUUGUUCUUUCUCUUGUUUCAGAAGCUACAUUGACUCAGUUAAAUGUAGCCGAUUAUGAGCAUUCUGGAUCUAAGAAUGUUUGGAUAGGUCUUAUACAACCAAAUUUAAUACUUCCAGAGGAAACUCAACGAGACAUGAUAGAAUCUUUGAAAUUAACAUUGGAGGCAGGAAACAUCAAUUGCCGUUCUUCGCCUAAUAUUCUUCAACAACAGUGGGAGAAAAUGAUUGGACCUAUCUCAUUUCAUCCUAUUAGCGUGCUUUUUGAUGAACCUAAUCAUUCCGUUCUUUUAGAAAACCAAAAUGCUAGAAAAUUGAUAUCCAAUUUAUUUGACGAACUUUUACGAAUAGCAGAAGCACAAAAUUGUAGUUUUGAUACUGAGUUUAAAUCUAGAGUCAUGAAUUCCAUGGCGAAUGAUACAGCUCAGUCUGUAAUGUACCAAGACUAUAUUACUAGACGUCCAAUGGAAAUUCAAGUUUUUCUGACAAAUCCUCUUGAAAUUGCAAAUAAACACGAUAUCAUUGUUCCUAGAUUGGAAACAAUUCAUGCUUUGAUGCAUAAUUUGAAUAAUCGUAAUCAUCUUCAUAGACAAUCUCCAUCUGUAUCAACUAUCUUACCUCGACAGCUAUCACCAAAAUCUUUAGCUAAAGAGCAACGCAAGCAUCAUCUAAUCCAUGAACCAAAUGGAUAUAACAUUUCAUCGGGAGAUCGACAUUAUAGACGUGGUUCUCCUCGGCAGUUGAUUAGACAUGAUUCUCUUGAAGGACUUGAAGAAUUUGCAGAUAUUGCUAUGUAUGGAGAUAUGAUACAUGUUUCGAAUGCAGAUGAUGCUGAUGCAAUAGAUCAUCAAGAUCAUAAUUAUAUCAAUAAUAUUGAUGAAUCAUAUAAUCAUGUUCAAGAACGAAGAAAAGGUGCAUAUGAUUCUAUGUCAUUAAAAGAAAAGAAACUAGCAUUAAUUAAACGUGAAAAAUUAUUACGUGAAAAAGAAGCAUUAGAAUACAAAAAGAAUAUGGCACGGCUUCCUAAGAACCAUGCUACUGAUGGAUAUAGUACACGUUCAUAUGGUUAUGAUGAUGAUGAUGAUUAUGCAGAUUAUCAUAUUCCUUCAAACGCUCCACCAAAUUUUCAACCAAUAAAUUCAGAUAAUUUUGAUAUGAUGAGCAUGACUUUUCGACGUCAUAGAAAAAGUACAAACAAAGUAUCAACUAGUAGCAUGCGAAGUACUUUUGAGAAUAAAGCUGACAUGUACAAUGAUUAUGCCGGAUGGGAAUCGCGUCAACGUUCACAUUCACGAUCUCAACCAUACAAUACAAUGGAUGUUAGCUUAAUAGGAACGUGUGACCAUAUACAAAAUAGUCUUAUGUUGGGUUAUUCUUCAAAUCGAUAUGGAACUGUCGAUUCGAAAACUUUAGUCAAUUCUCGCACAAAUUCUUUAACUACAGCUAAAUCGGAUGAAAUGCGUGAUUCUAGCACAUACGGACCACCUCAAAGUAAUCGUUCUACAAUGUAUCAUCCUACAGUUAAUGGCGCGCCUUUAACACGUCAUGCACAUCAUAUGAGUCAUCAAUAUUUAUCAACUAUGAACUCUGGGAAUAUGCCGCCAAACGUACCUCAACGAGCACCCUCAGCACCAUUAACAUCGAUGCGACACAUCCCCUCUCGAAAUAUGAUUAUGCAUCCUCAUCCAUCACAUGGUCCUACAAAAAAUGGUAUGAAUAUAAAUCCUCAAAGAAGUUUAACAGGAAGUGCAAGCGCAAGUACAGCAAGCAAUGGAAAUGGUUGUGCAUCAGGAAGUGGUAGUGGACAUAGUAGUACAAGUUCUUUCGAAAGAGGUCCAAUGGUCUAGACUGCUGAUUCUUUUAUAACAAGAAUACCCAAUACAAAAAAAUGAA